UUCUUGAAGCCAGAUAUUUGAAAUUUACCAUUGUCAUCUCUCUGAGCAACUAUAACUUGUCUUUGUUGUAUAUACAAUUAUAAAGAUGUUAAUUAUUCUUAAAACAGUUUAAGUGUCAGGUGAUGGAAGAAUAUAAAUGAAUACAUUAAAUUUCCAGAUUCACGGGAUGAAUAAACCUUAGUGGAAAGAGAAGCAUAAACCCAUCUUCUUUCACUAUGGAGGCAGGUUUGGCAGAUGGAGAACCUGACCGAAUUUCGAUCUUCCCAUAUUCAGAAGUUGCUGAAGGUGAAGAGACACUUCUUGGUGAUAGCAAAGAUGUCCUUGGCCCACCAACUGUUAUAGCAAACAGUGAAGAAUCUCAACUUCUGACACCAGGAAAGAUGAGUCAGCGCCAAGGGAAAGAAGCUUAUCCAACUCCAACCAAAGACUCGUGUCAGCCAUCUUUUAGUCCUGCAAGCCUUCAUAGUCAGGGUUUUGAAAGAGGAAGGGAAGACAUUUCUCAAAAUAGAGAUGACUCUUCACUUUCUAUGUCAAAGAGCAAGUCUGAAUCUAAACUUUAUAAUGGCUCGGAGAAGGACAGUACAGCUUCAAGCAAGCUCACAAAAAAAGAAUCUCUCAAGGUGCAAAAGAAAAAUUACCGAGAAGAAAAGAAAAGAGCCACAAAGGAGUUACUCAGUUCAAUCACAGAUCCUUCUGUUAUUGUCAUGGCUGAUUGGUUGAAGAUACGUGGUACUCUGAAGAGCUGGACCAAGUUGUGGUGUGUGUUGAAACCUGGGGUGCUACUGAUCUAUAAAACCCAAAAAAAUGGUCAAUGGGUAGGAACAGUCCUUCUGAAUGCUUGUGAAAUCAUUGAGCGUCCAUCAAAAAAGGAUGGCUUUUGUUUCAAACUUUUUCAUCCUUUGGAGCAAUCUAUUUGGGCAGUGAAGGGUCCAAAAGGUGAAGCAGUUGGAUCCAUAACUCAGCCUUUACCUAGCAGUUACUUGAUCAUCCGAGCUACUUCAGAGUCAGAUGGAAGGUGCUGGAUGGAUGCUUUGGAGUUGGCUUUGAAAUGUUCUAGUCUUCUUAAACGUACAAUGAUCAGGGAAGGGAAGGAACAUGACCUGAGCAUUUCAUCAGAGAGCACACAUGUGACUUUGUAUGGCUUAUUACGUGCUAACAAUCUUCACAGUGGUGACAACUUCCAGUUAAAUGAUAGUGAAAUUGAACGACAGCAUUUUAAGGACCAAGAUAUGUAUUCUGAUAAAUCUGAUAAAGAAAAUGAUCAAGAGCAUGAUGAGUCUGACAAUGAGGUGAUAGGGAAAAGUGAAGACAGUGACACAGAUACAUCAGAGAGGCAAGAUGACUCAUACAUCGAACCUGAGCCUAUCGAGCCUCUAAAGGAGACCACCUACACUGAACAGAGCCAUGAGGAACUCGGAGAGGCAGGUGAGGCUUCACAAACAGAAACUGUGUCUGAAGAAAACAAAAGCCUUAUCUGGACAUUGCUGAAACAAGUCCGUCCUGGUAUGGACCUGUCCAGGGUGGUUCUGCCUACAUUUAUUUUGGAACCUCGUUCUUUCCUGGAUAAACUUUCAGAUUAUUACUAUCAUGCAGAUUUUCUGUCUGAGGCUGCUCUUGAAGAAAAUCCUUAUUUCCGUUUGAAGAAAGUAGUGAAAUGGUAUUUGUCAGGAUUCUAUAAAAAGCCAAAGGGACUGAAGAAACCUUAUAAUCCUAUACUUGGUGAGACUUUUCGUUGUCUGUGGAUUCACCCCAGAACAAACAGCAAAACUUUUUAUAUUGCUGAACAGGUGUCCCAUCACCCACCAAUAUCUGCCUUUUAUGUUAGUAACCGAAAGGACGGAUUUUGCAUUAGUGGCAGUAUCCUGGCUAAGUCCAAGUUCUAUGGAAACUCAUUAUCUGCAAUAUUAGAUGGAGAAGCACGAUUAACUUUCUUGAAUAGAGGUGAAGAUUAUGUAAUGACAAUGCCAUAUGCUCAUUGUAAAGGAAUUCUUUAUGGCACAAUGACACUGGAGCUUGGUGGAACAGUCAAUAUUACAUGUCAGAAAACUGGAUACAGUGCAAUACUUGAAUUUAAACUAAAGGUUAGUAUUGUGCUCAAAUGUUUAAUGCUUAGAAAGGCUCUUUCAGGUUUUUCUACAUAUGUUGAAAGUAUAAAUAGCCAUGUCCUUGUAGCUGUAGCAAACACUGUGAUCCACUGUGGCAAUUCGGAGAUGGAUAGUGAAGUUUUUAUUAAUGACAAAAAGACUGAUAAUUCAGAGGUUUUCUGGAAUCCAACACCAGACAUUAAGCAAUGGAGAUUAAUAAGGCACACUGUAAAAUUUGAAGAGCAGGGAGACUUUGAAUCAGAAAAACUUUGGCAGCAAGUAACUCGAGCCAUAAAUGCAAAAGACCAAACAGAAGCUACUCAAGAGAAGUAUGUUUUAGAGGAAGCUCAAAGACAAUCUGCCAGAGAUCGGAAAACAAAAAAUGAAGAGUGGACUUGCAAGUUAUUUGAACUUGAGCCACUCACAGGAGAAUGGCAUUACAAGUUUGCAGAUACUCGACCAUGGGACCCACUUAAUGAUAUGGUACAGUUCGAAAAAGAUGGUGUUAUCCAGACCAAAGUGAAACAUCGCACUCCAAUGGUUAGUGUCCCGAAAAUGAAACAUAAGCCAACCAGACAACAGAAAAAAGUGGCAAAAGGCUAUUCAUCUCCAGAACCUGAUAUCCAGGACUCAUCUGGAAGUGAAGCUCAACCAGUAAAACCAAGUACAAGAAGAAAGAAAGGAAUAGACUUGGGAGACAUUCAGAAUUCCAUUGAAUCCAUAAAACAAGCACAGGAAGAAAUUAAAAGAAAUAUUACGGCUCUUCGAAAUCAUUUAGUUUCAAGCGCACCUGCCACGGAUUAUUUUUUGCAACAAAAAGACUACUUCAUCAUUUUCCUCCUGAUUUUGCUUCAAGUUGUAAUAAACUUCAUGUUUAAAUAGUUCUUUACAGUAAACUAUUCAGUGAACUGGAAUGAUCAGAUUCGGCCUGGGAUCAAUGUUCAAGUUGGUUCAGUUUUAUUAAAACAUCACUAUAUUUCUGAAACAAUACCUUAGAGAUAAAUGCAGAGGUGUUGAUCUUUCAUACCUUUUAUCUUUAACCUGAAACAAGAGCUAUUCUGUUUAGUUAUUAAAGUGAGCUAUGUGUUACGUGCCAGAACAUUUCUAGUUUUUGUGAGAAUGUGUCUACAUGUGAGUAUAAUAAAUCCACAUGUAUACACAA